AUGAGCUUUUUCACUCCGCCCUGCUCCAACUGGACGUUCAUUAUGCUAAAGCAAUCUCAAAUUGAAACACUCACCCUCAGCUUAAACUGGCGCCACUUAGGCUAUACACCAGCGGAGCGGUCCCAUAUACUCUCUCGACUAGUGGUGGCCGCUCAAGCUUCAGUCAGAACUUUGACCGUCCUCGAUAUAACACACUUGCUUGAAACCCUGGGCUUUGCUGCACAACUACCACUCCUUGACGCACUUAACUUCAUUUCUCGUCGGAAAUGGAAAGCGGGGUCCUCGGACACCACGUCCAUCCCUAUUGUUCUGAACAUGAAGACAAUCUUUGCCCGUGCAGAGAUGCUCUUCUUCAUGUUUUCCAGGCCGCCGCCUUUGACUGUUCCGAGACUAGAAAAAAUCUUUGUGGCUUUCUAUACCAAGGACAAAGGAAUGUUCAACAUCACAGCUACCGCCACCUCCAUCGCCCGACUUCGUGACUCUGUCGGGCCCAACGUAGAUCUUCUUCCGACGAUCGAAAUGGACAGUGGUCUACGAUCAAUGGAAUCUCUUUGCAACGGAAAUCAACCAAUUUGCCCAAUAUGGGAGCAAGAAUUUUCAAAGUUUCCAACUCUGUCUUUGACCGGUAAAAUGACUAUACUGGACAGUCCCGACACAUUCCGAAUUAUUUUGGAACUGUUGAGGCUGUUUUCUGGAAUAGAGGAUCUGCAUAUUCGACUUAGGCCAAGUCCGGAAGUCGAUCCCACUCCCAUCCACCUUAAGCCUUGGAUGGUGAAGGCCAUCUCAAAUCAAUCUCCGAACAUUACAUUCAUCUAUUUCAACGAAGUAGCCCAGCACAUCUCGCUGCCGAGCCAAACACUAUGA